AGUUCAACUUUGGCCCUCGAUGCAACGCGCUGUUGGUUGCUUUUUCCACGGAAUUUCCCGCAAUUCGUCAUUUACGAGCGCAUUUCUUCAUCAUCACUGUGCUAUUCACCCUUCUACAUAACGAACAUUACAUCAUCGACCGCAUUAUCUUCCAAUGAAGAGGGUUUAAUUACUAACGUGAGAUAAUUUGAACAGAAUCUCUCAACCUCCGAUUUCCUUCCUUUUUUUGUAUUGAACUUUUCCUUUUCUAGUGCAGUGAGAGAUGGUAAGAAAAGUGAAACGGGGAAAUUAUUUAAUAAUUCCAGCCGGAAAUUAAAAGCUUCUCCUAGUCGAAAAGUUAAAGAAAAAAGUCAUUCGGAAGUGAGGUGUGGGACAGAAGCCAAAUAAAAAAAUAUAAAAAAAAUGAAGGAUAUUUUCCAAUAAGGUACCCAUCAUCCCUCAUUCCCUCUUGUCCAUCUUUUUUUUUUGUGAAAAAUUCCUGAGUGUGAAAAGCUCUCGCUCUGCUUGACUUUCACAGCACGUGAUUUAUUAAAAUGUGCCGUAAAAAAAGUUGGGCAAAAAAGUUGAGAUGCAGUAUGUGAAAAUAUUUUGAUGAAUGAUGGAGUAUUGGAGCUUUUAGCGUGUAGUAAGAAUGGAUGAAGAAUAGUCGUAUUCGUGCAUUUGGACAGUAUUUGUGCAUCAACUGAGAGUGUUGUGAGGAGGAAACAUUUACAGAGAAUAAAAAAAAGAAGAAGUAAACCCAUUGAUCGAAUGGGGACAAAAUGUGGUUCACAAAGUUUCUCGUGAUCUACCUUAUGGCACUCAUUGACACACUCGAUGGACAUUUUGUUGAAAAACAUGUCACAGGGCAUCACCGGCGGAAAGCUGCGGAAAGUGAGCAUAGAGCAGCACACAGGAAUGCCGUGGCGAAUGGAGAAAGUCAAUUCCUGACGAAGAACCAAACUCGCAUUGUUAGCCAAAAGGGUGGUCUAGCCGUCCUGCCUUGUUCAGUCGCCCUCUCAGCACCUGCCACUGUAUCGUGGUUCCGGCGAAAAGACUUCCAACUGUUGACUGUGGGUCUCCUCACGUACAGCAGUGACGAUCGAUUCCAGGUGGAGCAUACACGGCACCUGGGUAACUGGGCGUUGCGGAUAAAGAGCGCCCGGAAGGAGGAUGAGGGUCACUAUGAGUGCCAAAUAUCCACACAUCCACCCCAAUCGAUUUUCGUGGAAUUGCGGAUUGUCGAAGCGGUGGCGGAAAUAAUUGAGGCGCCUGAUUUGCAUAUAAACGAAGGCUCAACCCUCAGGCUGGAGUGCAAACUCAAACGAGCAACCGAGAGCCCACUCUAUGUGUUCUGGUACCACGACUCUCGGAUGGUCAAUUACGACCACGACGAGGGUGUCUUUGUCUCCUCGAGCAAACACGCCACUUCCAGUGUCUUGACUGUGAGAAAUGCAACCAUCCACCAUGGGGGGAAUUAUACGUGUUCACCUGCCAACGCCAGGCAAGCUAGUGUGAUUGUCCACGUACUCAAAGGAGAGAAACCUGCGGCAAUGCAACAUCCCAACAAGAGCAUCGAUCACCUGGUUAAUUUUGCCACAACGUCCUUCUUCCACGUCCAUCUCCCCAUCCUCAUUGUACUGAUGAGAAUUUGUAUUCUCAAUUGAAAGCACACGGCGAGGUUCACACAGCAUCGCACACAAAAAAGCUCCGGCGUUUUGCGGAAAGCUGCCACAGAGUGUUUUGCAGUGUGUCCGAAAAGGGUGCCGCCGUAUGCACAAAACCCACGGGGAAGUUGCGAGAAAAUGAAGAGGAGGUGCUGGAUGUGAGUAAAAAAAAAGAACCUUCGAUGGUACAAAAAAAAUGGGUUAGAUCGAGUGAAAAUUGCGAAAAUUGCGAGAAUAAUGAUGAAGGGAUGAAGCAAAGUCCGUUUGCAUAAACAUUUUCUGUGGGUUUAAACACGUGAUGGGGUGCCAUGUGGUGUAUACGCGCCCCCCCUCGCACUUUUGCCACUCACUCAGCGUGUAUAUAAAAGGGCGCACACACUGGGGAAAAGCCUCCGGGAAAAGCUGUGUGAUUUCGCAGGCAUGCUGGUAUAUAGGAGAGGAACAUUUGAGGAGCAACAUGCGAAAUACUUUAGUCAAAUAGUUUAUCCCAUCAUCAUUGUUAAACACGAAGAAGCACUGCUAAUGAGCGAAACAUGGGCAAAAUUGUAUACAACCGUAAAGCCCCUCUCCCCCAUUUCGAGGCGCAAAAUCUGCGAAGGGUGUGCACUUAAACAUAUUCCACCACCAUCCUUGGAGCUUUCUCGGGGAAUGUGCGGAUGAUGCAUAAAGCUCAAUGUAGUACAUUACAUACAUACAUAUAGGUUUAUAAAGGGUCACCCCCUUCCCGCCCCCAAAAAUAUGGUGCUCAUACACGAGGAUAAAUUCUUCAUGUACAUGAGACUUAAUGAAGAAUUUCAACAUGAUGAACUCCAAUGUAUACCGACAAUGAAUUUAUACAUGCAAAUUUUUCCAGCACCACCUUCGAGGAUUAAGCAGCAGAGAAAUUUUGGAAAACAUUAACCGGCAAAGAUUUGCUUUUAAACAGCAUUAAAUAGCAACAUUUAAAAAGGUCUGUAGGUGUAUCCCAUGAAGAAAUAAUUUAGACAAUGAAUCAGACAAAAGAAUCAUCCUCAAGGGGUGAUCUUAUCUGGGUGAAAAUUAUGCUUUUUGUUUUAUAUUCUGGAGUCAAUUUUAGAAUUUUUGAUUUUGUAUCUGAAGUUGUUUAAAGAAGUAUUAAAAAUCAUUA